AUGGCCUUCCGAAAACGAGAACUCAGACCGGAUGAACCUGAGGACGAAGACGAGGACGAUCCAAUCGACAUGUUGUCUUCCAAAUCAAGGACCAGCUCAUACAUGAAAGCAGGCCCGUCUAGAGACCCGUCUCAAUCCUUACUGAACCCGAUCACGGAUUUACCCCCAGCCGAAAUCGAGCCAGUGACUCCAGCAAGCCCAGAUCUAGAUCUACUAUUCAGUCGUUUUGGACAGCUUCGUCUGGCGAAAACCAAGUCGAAAUCUCACCAAAGGAAAUGGCCGACAACUCUAACGCCAGCCCAACAAAUCGUUGUUGAUGAAGGCUUACGACCGAAUAAUAAAACCGUUUACGAUUUACCAGGCGCGAGUUGUGGAAUCAAAGAGCUUCAAAAGUUAUCAUCACCCCCGCAAUGGCUCAAUGAUGAAAUCAUCAACUUUUACGGCUCCUUGAUCAACCUGAAGUCUCACGAUCAAAUAUCCUCAAAAGCUUUGAACGUCCACUGUUUUUCUAGCUUUUUCAUGAGCCAAUUCGAUCUAGGUGGCCAUUCAAGCGUUAAGAGGUGGACUCGCAAGAUCAAUCUUUUCGAAAAAGACCUGAUCCUCUUUCCCACAAAUCUUUCCAAUCUGCAUUGGGUUCUGGGUGUGAUUAACAAUCGCAAGAAGAGGUUUGAAUACUAUGAUAGUCUAGCUGGACGGAAUCCUGACGUUCUUUCGAAGCUAAGGAGGUAUUACCAAGACGAAUGGCAGGCUAAAAAGAGUGAGGAUGUAGACUUGACUGAGUGGUCUGAUUAUCAUCCUAAAGUCCCCUUGCAGUCAAACAGUUCCGAUUGCGGUGUAUUUGUUUGCCAAUUCAUGUAUAGUCUGAGUCAAAAUUUAAUCAACAUAACUUCCCAGGAAGGAAGGGAUGUGUCGCUCUUUGAUUUCUCCGCUGAAAACAUGCCUUAUCUCAGGCAGAAAAUGGUAUUGGAGAUCAUUAGAAAAUCUUUUCUUCCUGAUAUCACCCCGGAGAGCCCUGACUAA